AUGCCCCCGCGCAAGAUGUCGACCUCCGAGCCCUCCGAGCCGACGCGGCGGUCGUCGCGCAUCUCCGCGCAGCCCAAGACCGCCGAGCCUGCGCCCAAGGCCCCGGCGAAGGAGAAGCGGCCUUCGAAGAAGCGGGCCGCCGAGGACGCGGCGGACAGCGGCGAGGGCGACGCUGCGGACGACGGGGACGCACCGGCGGUGAAGAAGGUUGGUUUUUGUUGUGCGGUCUUUGAGUGCAUACGACCUGCUCUCGAGCCGAUCAGCGUGGGCGACGUGUUACCUUCGUACACGCUGAAAACCGAGAAGGACGAGGACGUCGACGUUGCGACUCUGGCCGCUGAGAAGGGCGUCGUGUUCUUCCUCGUCCCCAAGGCCGAUACCCCUGGGUGCACUCAACAGGCUUGCGGGUUCCGGGAUAUAUAUCCUGACUUCACCGCGGUCGACUACGAGGUAUACUGCUUGAGUGCGGACAAACCCGAGGCUCAGACCAAAUGGCAGACCAAGAAACAUCUCCCAUACCCGCUCUUGUCUGACCCCAAGCGUGUGCUGAUAUCCGCUUUGGGCGCGGGCGAGGGGGGCAGAACCAAGCGGAGCCAUUUCAUCUUCGAGAAAGGUGGGAAGCUCCUGGAGAAGAAAAUGCCUGUGAAGCCUGCCGAUAGCCCGAAGCUUGCUCUGGAGUUCAUUCAGAGCUUGGGGGCAUAG